AUGAGUGAGUACUCCCACUCUUUAUUGACUAGAAAGGCUAUCGAAUCAGAGAAAGAAGUAGUAGUUCUUACUAGACUUACCCUUAGUGCAGACAUCGGUAACUGUGCUCUUUUGGUUGAUACCAAACCCGCCAUAAAGAGAGGACCGCAAAGGAUUGUUCAUGGAACUACUAUCGAGAUUCUUCGGAUCAUAUUUCCUAGUAUCAUCCCGAUGUUCAUUGCUAUACCAUCAUUUGCUCUGUUAUACUCAAUGGACGAGGUAGUAGUAGAUCCAGCCAUUACUAUCAAAGCUAUUGGACAUCAAUGGUAUCAGACUUAUGAGUAUUCAGACUAUAACAGUUCCGAUGAACAGUCACUCACUUUUGACAGUUAUACGAUUCCAGAAGAUGAUCUAGAAUUGGGUCAAUCACGUUUAUUAGAAGUGGACAAUAGAGUGGUUGUACCAGCCAAAUCCAGGGUGUAA